CAUGCGCCGACGCCAUUGCGCAAACGGUAAAUGACAAGGCGAGGCGAGGCGCGGCGAGACGAAGUGAGACGACGUGACGUGACGCGACGCAACGCGACGCGAGACCGAAACAAGAGCGAAUUGCGCUCGGUGGCACUCGGCGACGAAUCCGGAUCCGGGCAUCGGCGGCCGUUGGCGGCGGCGAGCGAGAACGGGCGAAGAGAAGCGAGGAGACGAGUGCGCGGCGCGGCGAGGCGAGGCGAGACGAGGCGAGACGAGGCGAGAACAGCCGAAAUGGAGGAGAACCAAACAUCGGAAAGUGUCGCCGUGCUACCGGACAUGUCCGAACCGUUGACGAGCGAGACCGAGGAGGCGGCCGCGCUGACGAGCGAACACGAGGCACAUCCCGUCGCGGUAACGGCGAACGUUGCUGCGGUUCCGGGUGUAUCAGGUGUUCCUGGGGUCGGCGUGCCGGUCUCUCUUCCUGUCGGCUCCAUCAUCGGCGUAGCGAACUCGACCAAUGGCACGACUUUCAACGUCAUCACCUCGGAUCAACUACAGCUGCCAGGUUCAGGACAAUUUAAGCAAAUGCUAUGUGUUGACAAUGGGUUUAUUUGCGAACCACGUCAUGAGAAAGACUCAGAUCCUCUACGUUGGAAUGGUGAGCUGAAAGCAACUCACAUAGUGAUUCAGAACAGCACGGAUGAAACAGAAACAGAGCAGAUACAUGUAUCUACACCCAGCUCUCAACCAAUAUACAGCUGGGCAGAUUCGGCGAAUUUGGCAGUACUGCCUGUCAGAUGUAAGAAUACAAAUGCAGAAUUGCAUAAGAGUAGAUUUGGAUCUGGUGGCAGAGGACGAUGUAUUAAACUUGGUUCAGAAUGGUAUACACCUAGCGAAUUUGAAGCUCUCUGCGGCAGAGCAUCUAGCAAAGACUGGAAACGAAGUAUUCGAUUUGGUGGAAGGAGUUUACAGACUCUUAUAGACGAACAGAUUUUGAAACCUCAUGCCACUUCUUGCACUUGUGCGGCAUGUUGUGAUGACGACAGUGCGACAGGACCAGUGCGCCUCUUCACACCGUACAAACGUCGGAAAAGACCCAAAGAUUCAUCUGACGGAGAGGCACCCUCGCGCAAACACAAGAUCGAAAUUUCGCGAGAAGGUAGCAACGAAGAGAGCGGCGACGAGGUUGUUGUACCUGACAAAGAAGUCUGGCCACAAUUUGUUUCUGCAGAUGGGCUAGUCGUGCAACAGCCUCAGGAACAAGACACAGUUGUGCAAAAUGCACAAACAGAAAGUAGCCAAGGCGAUGAGGUUUUUAAGAAACUAGAUGAAAUGUCAAAUAAAAUGAUGAAAUUGGCUUAUGAAUUUCGACGGGUCUUAGAAGAAGCGAAAGAAUUAAACAGGCAGCAGAGACGAGAGCAGGCGUUAGUCGCACAACUCGGAGGACGGGCCGAUGUCAUUGAGACUGUUGGAUUACAACCGACGUCUGAUACCCAUAAUAAAAAGUGUGGCAACUGUAAUCGAGAAGCAUUUGCAGAAUGCUCUCUAUGCAGACGCACGCCGUACUGUUCAACAUUUUGUCAGCGCAAAGACUGGGGAAGCCACCAAAUAGAGUGUGUGAGGGGCGCGGCUGAGACUGUGAUGCUUAUAGUAGAAAGCGGCAAUGGAGACACUAGCGCUCUUCCGACAACCGCGACAGACCAAUAGCUAGUGUUUCUCACACCAAUUCACCAAAGGAAUGCAGAAAACGAAGAAUCCGAUAUGGAAACAUUGAAAUUCCAAGAGAAAACAGACUCGAAACAUUCGCGUUGCACACAAGAAUGACAAAAUGUGUGUGUGUGUGUGUGUGGUGUGUACAUGGAGAGAUAAAAUAUUUUGUUGCGUGUAUAGGUAAUACAUGUACAAUACACAUAUGCGUGCGUGUGCAAAUAAGGCCGCCACACACAUUUUUGUACAACCCAUAAUAUAAGAGAAUUAAUCAGAGGUUAUUUCUAUCUUGGGGAGGAAAAUAGACGAUUCUGAUUGAUGAUUCUCUUAUGCGUUAUGCAAAAGUGUGUACGGCGGCCUAUACACGCACGUAAAGUGUGUGUGUUAUAUAUAUGUAUAUAUGUAUGUGUAUGUACAUAUGUACAUAUGUAUUAAUGAUCAAAUUCUGAAAUAGCAAUUUGAAAAAGAAGAUAAAAAAAGAUAGUAAAAAGUAUUUGUAGAUGCUGUGUAUAAAUACAUUUAAGUAUAUGUCAGAUUUGUAUUAAUACAAAAUUGUAUUUGUACUAAUAUAACAUUUGCACUAAUUAUAUUUAUUGGCUGUAGAAAUUUAUUGGAAAUUAAAUGUUUUAAUUCAAAUAUAAAUCUCUUAGCAGUAAUCGAGAAAUGAAAGACCAAGAUCAUAAUUAAUUGUAUAAUAACAUAAACUCGUAUAAUAUCGAGCAAAAUAAAAUAUAUGGAUAUAUAGACUGACACAAUGAAUAUCGUAAAUAAAUCCGCUGCUGAUACAGAAUUUUUAUGUUUCCAAAGUCCUUAAAAGCAGGAAGGAAAAAUUUCAAAAUCCAAAAAAA